AUGCAAAUAAAUCCAAUUAGUGAAUACUUUUGCGAGACAUGUUCGGGGGCGUUUGAAAAUCCAAACGAUGCACAGAAACAUUUGUCAACCACAAGACACAAGUCAGUAAAGCUUUUGCCUCUAGAUGAGAUUUUGGAAUGUGAAGAGUGUGCAGAUUCUAAUAUUCACCAACUAGCCAUCUUGCGUUACGGGCUCAAUGAUAUGGCCUUGAUGUGUCAGCAGUGCUUGGACAGCACGACCAAGGAUAGUGGUGAAGAGCCGACAGCAAAGUAUACGUUAUCAAAUGGUGCCUUAUUCGGAAAAUUAGCCCAGUACAUCAAGUUUAGAGAUAUCCUGUGUGCGUCAUGCGGAGCAGAUGAUGAUCUAUACGUUGCAAAUACCCCCAAUGGGCAGAUAGUAAGCUGUAAACAGUGUUUGCCAAAGUAUGAAUCUCCAAACAUUACCUUUGUCAGUGAAAAUGAUGACAAAUUCUUGACUGAGCUUUUAGGAUUAAAGGAGGUGCUUGUUAAAAGUAAGUCUUUUGGAAAAAAGGACGGGAGAAGAGGUGGGAGUAGAGGCGGGAGAAAAGGUGGUCGUGGAAGGUCCGUUGGGAGAUCCAGAAGAGUUAAAAAGGAGGAUCCAGAAGCCGAAUCAAGACGACAACAUUAUCAAGAGUCAAAAAAGUUUGCCAGUGAUGUAAAGUCGGGAUCGACAGUCAAAGCUAUUGGAGCUGGUAGUAUUGGUGAUAGCUCAGGGAAGCCACCAAAUGGAAAAGAAGCCAAGAAGGCGAAAGGUUUCAGAAAAAUGGUUGGUAAUGUGGGAGACCUGAAAGCAGUUAACUCAAAGGAUACGAAGGGUGAUGGAAAGGGCAGUGGCAAAGGAAAGGGACAAGAUAAUGUAAAGGGUAAUGGAAAGGGCAAUGCUAACGGAAAGGGACAAAGUAAUUCCAAGCCGGCGUCAAAAGCAAAUUCGAAUGCCGACAAUCUAUCUACUAUUAAUUCAAAGAUGUCAUCAAAAACAAAUAAGGUUGAGAAAACUGUAUCUAAAAAUGGUAGUCCAAAAGUGGGGACAUCUUCGAAGUCUCAAGGCUCGAAGCAAACAAACCUCAAAAAAGAGACUACCCACAAUCCAAGGAAUUCCAAGGUCGCACCCAAGAAAGAGUCAAACACCCACAUGAAUGACCUCAAAAGUCCCGUUCGUAAGGAAAAGACCCCCAGUCGUCAGAACUCUCCCGCACCGCUGUCUGAGUUGGUGUUACCUCCAUAUAUUACUAAAUACCAUCCUUCACCAAAGCCCAAGCUUUCCUAUGACACCAUUGACGAGUAUUUCCGUGAAAUGAGUUUCAAUGUCUUUUUGGAAGAUCAACUCACCAAUGUGCUGAACAUAAUUGAGCCUCAGGACUUGAUUAUUGAGUGGUUUCAGGAUCAGGACAAGAAAAACAACCAAUUCAAGGUGAGUAUUCCAAUGAAACCAGAAAUUAUGAACAGGUUCUUAUCCGAUACUUUCAAAAGUUUAAAGAAAGAUCCAUUCCAAAAAGAUCAAGCAAUGUUUUUGAUCUUGAAUGAUGAGAUCCCUUGGUACGGUAAAGUGGCCACUGUUGACAGUGUCAAAACUGGGAAAAAUCGGAAAACGUCCAAGGUUAGUCAUGUGGAGAUGGUGAUUGUCCUUUACAAAUGGAAUAACCAGCCGUUACCGAAAACAGUUCAUGCGCAACAUUUGAAGCUUUUGCCAGCAUCAAUUCCAGUCAGUAGAAUCCUCAACGCAAUGGACAACCUUGCAAAUCCAAGCUUUAUCAAGAUGUUAUUGGGAAAAGAACCAAUCAAGCAAAUCACAUUCAACAAUAGAGUUAAUUUUUCUUCCAAUUUGAACGAUUCACAAAAGGCAGCUAUCCAAUCAGUUUUGAAUAACAAGAUCAGCGUGGUUCAGGGCCCUCCCGGAACUGGUAAAACUUCAGCAAUAUACGAAACGAUUAUUCAAUUGCUUGAAGCAUUGAACACGUUUCCGGUUCUUGUGGUUGCGGCAUCAAAUAUAGCAAUUGACAACAUCGCUGAAAAGUUGUUGCCAAAGCAUGGGAAGCUGAUUUUGAGGAUAGCCGCAACGAGCAAGGAGAGGGAAUAUAAUAGAGACCACCCAUUGGCCAGCAUUUGUCUUCACCACAAAAUAUUCGAUGCAAUGUCAAUGAAGCAUCAACAAGUGCAGAAUGAUAUGAGACGUGGCACAAGUGUCAGCAGUAACGCUUAUAAACAGUUUGCUCUUGAAAAAUUUCAAAUCACGAAAGAGCAAGUGGCUCAAGCGAAAGUUAUUCUCACAACCACUGUUGUGGCUGGUGGGCCACAAUUGAAAUCACUUGCAAAAUGUCCCGUUGUGAUUAUGGACGAGGCGACUCAGUCAUCAGAGCCAAGUACGUUGAUUCCAUUAGCAGUCCCUGGUGUUGAAAAGUUUGUGUUUGUGGGUGAUCAACGACAAUUGAGUUGUUUUUCAUUGAUCCCGAAUUUGUCAACGUCAUUAUUUGAAAGGGUUUUGCUCAAUGGAUCAUACGUAUCACCUCACAUGUUGGACAUUCAGUAUAGAAUGCAUCCAGCAAUCAGUGAGUUCCCCAGAACCAGGUUCUAUAAUGGUAAAGUGAAAAACGGGAUCACUGCUGAUUCAAGGAAAAUGGAAGGAAUUCCCGAAAACCCAGUGUUCUUUUGGAACACCAAUGGAAAUGCGAGAGAACAAUCGGUACGCAAUUUCCUACGUGAGGAUCGAGGUUACACAUAUACCAAUCGAGAUGAGGUUUCAUAUAUUCAACAAGUCUUGAGAUCAUUGUUGAUUGAAAAAGGAAUUCAUAGAGAAAAUAUUGGAGUUGUGACGCCUUACUCUGGUCAACGUGAUUUGAUAUCAUCUGUAUUGGUGAAAGAUGACAUUAUUAACCCGACAAAUGAAGAAUUGCAAGUCGAAGUUGAUAUUGAUGAUAUUACCAAUGAUUCCAAACCAGUUAGUAUUCACAUAGUAUCUGGCAUAAUGAUUGCUUCAAUUGAUGCAUUUCAAGGAAGGGAAAAAGAUUUCAUGAUAAUGUCAUGUGUUCGAUCAAACAACCAAGGUACAAUUGGGUUCCUCAAAGAUGAAAGGAGAUUAAACGUGGCACUCACCAGAGCCAAGUAUGGUUUAAUAAUGAUUGGUGAUGUCAAUUGUUUAAAGAAAGGUGACAAAUUGUGGAAAGAGUACAUGCAAUACUUGGAAGAAAAAGGCUUGAUACAUACUCAGCUAAUAUAUUAA